AGAAGCCGCGUCUAAGGAAAACUCAAAACCCUAUCGGCUCGGCUCUGUGAAUGCUGAAGUGAUCUCUGAGAGAGAGGCGGGAUCCUCGUCGCGUCGUCGCCAGCCCUGCCUCGUCGCCAACAGCCCUGCCUCGUCGCCAACCCUGCACAAUUUGAAGAAGUAAAACAGAGCACGAAAAAUGGUGGUAAGGAUUCGAUUAUCAAGAUUUGGGUGCAAGAACAAGCCAUUCUAUCGGGUCAUGGCUGCCGAUAGCAGAUCCCCGAGAGAUGGCAAGCACCUUGAAGUUCUAGGUUAUUACAAUCCCUUACCAGGGCAAGAUAAUGCAAAAAGAAUGGGUCUAAACUUCGAAAGAGUAAAGUAUUGGCUUUCUGUUGGAGCCCAACCUUCAGAUCCUGUACAGCGUCUACUAUUCCGAGCAGGGUUACUGCCGCCACCGCCAAUGGUGGCCAUGGGGCGUAAAGGCGGAUCACGUGAUACACGCCCUGUCGAUGCUCUUACUGGGUGUAUCCUCAGUCAAGAGAAGCCAGUUAAAGAUGACAGCAAUAAAGAUGAUGGUAUAUUACGAGAAUGUGUAUUUUCAAUCGGCUUACCAGUUAACUGAAGAGAAUAAUUGCUAUUUAUUUGUUGAAAGUGCCUGUUGGGAAAGGGUUGUGAAUCUGUAACGUGUCAUCUAAAGCCAGAGAAAAAGUCAGAUGGCAUUUCCACCUUCUCAGAUAUGAUAUGAAUUUUGAUUGGUUUAUGGAAGUGAAUUGAUGGUUAAUCUUGGUGAUGAAAUCGUGAAAUGCCUGAUAUUUUUGUAUUUUGGAACUUUUGCUUGGUCCGCAAGGAAAAUAGCUGAUUAGUAAUCCUUA